AUGAGUGAAACCCAAGUAUCAGAAUCUCAGCCUAAUUUUACAAAAGGCGAAAAGUGUAUACUGGCACAUUUAGUUCUGACAAUUGGAGGCUCAAUAGUUUUACUAAUAAUUUAUUUGGUACACAUUUUCAACAUCAAGCACAGUGAAUCUACUGGUGCUUUUGAUACGCGGCGUACGUUGUCACAAAAAGAUUAUUCCAGCUUACAAGUGCCGAUUGGAUUGCUAUAUGUGAAUGCGACAAUAGUAAGGAAUAUUUGUAACACCCUACUCAUAUCGCAAGGAUGGUCGAUCAGUACAGGGCACUGUAUCGCUAUGCGUUCCGACCCGGAUUUGUCUCACCUCUUAUACGAAUGGAGGCUUAAGUACCCUUAUAAUAAUGCAACGCUUAAAAUAAUAAGAAGCAUCGUCCAUCCGCAUUUUAAGAGGGACACGUUUGCUAACAAUGUGGGACUGAUUCAACAUAAUCCUGUUAAGGAAUAUGAAAGAUACAAAGUACCCAAAAUAUACGAAAACCGUUUUAAUGACAUAGAAGAGAACAAGUUGGCAAUAUUAAGCUGGGAUCAUGGUUCAUUUGGAUACAAAGGUUAACUCAUUAUAAACACUAUCUUCAAACUAUUUAUGUCACAUAAAGGGUAUGCAGAUGAUAUAAAAUACGAGUUAUAAAUACUUGAGGGUAGGCUU